AUGAACCGCCCAGCGCUACAAACCAACCAGCCAACGUCGCCGCUCGCAUCCAGCGGCGGCCCAAUGAGCGAUCCGAGUCAACGUCAAGUCGAUUCUGCAGCGCUAGAUUAUUUAGUCACUGAAUUCACACAUACCCUCAAACAUUCUUCUAAAAUUGCUCAUGCGCGCUUCAAACGGCGAGAAAAGGAGCUAAUUGACGCUGGAUACGUUGCCCCCCACCGUCUCAGAAGGAACCAAAGGCAGCGACCGUCAACUGGCGAGCCUUCAGAUGAAGAGGACGUUGCUGCACGGCAAAGGCUAGAAAAUAUUGGCGUUAUCGUUGGUGGGAAUCUGGCAGAACGAUUAACCCGUAGUCGUUCUACACGUUUCACCGACCCCCUGGACACUAUCAAAUUUCUUUGCAAGGACGUAUGGACAGCCAUAUGGGAUAAGCCAGUUGACAAUCUCCGGACAAAUCAUCGGGGUGUUUAUGUCCUCCAGGAUAAUUCCUUCAAACCGCUGCUACGAAUAUCUUCGCCUCAAGGCAGCGCCGAAUCAUUGCGGCAGGCUCACCUGUAUCUCGCUUACCCCGCUGGUUUAAUCAAGGGCGCUCUUCAGCGCCUUGGGAUCCCCGGGGCCGUCAUUCCAGAAGUCACCACAUUGCCACAAUGUGAGCACGGAUUACGAUAA